AUGGCUGUGAGAAGCUCUGACUUGAAACGCGAGAGUAUAGAACUGCACAUGGACGCUUCUUCUAAAGUUACAGAGACAAUCAACAACAACGUGUCUUUUGCAACUAUUUUUGUGGCACGCUUCGAUACCAAGCAUGGAAAUAUCAUUGAAUGGCAGUAUCCUAAAGAUUUUGAUCUUAAUGGCGUGGAAUUUUCGGCGAUGCCAAGUGGAUUACAUCUAAUGAAAAAAGAUAUCAUAUAUUUCGUAAGACCUCCAUAUAUCGGCCUGAGUGUCUACGAAAACAUUCCUACCUUCGAUCAGUCCCAAGAUCGUGGUGCUCACAUGGCAGCCGUCGGAAUACUAGUUGCGAAAACAUCUGAAACAGAAAUAUACGAUCAACCUUGGAGACACUUGGAAUUUUUACAGAGUCAGGUCAGGCUCCAUGUAAACUUGUCAAGUGACUAUUCUGCACUAGAACGAUUCUUUAGUGAGCAUGGCAGUUUGAUAAAUAGCUAUGAUGGUGAUAAUGUUACUAGCGGCCCAUCGUCAUCUUCAUCAAAUAACGAAUCUUCAGCGUCGAUGAUGGAUGCCACUAGCAGCAAUGGAAUAAUCGAUAAAAUGAAUCAUCAAGAAUUGUCAAAUUCGUCUUCGCAUCCUGCCCAUCAUUUUUCGAGUUUCAUACGACACUUUGGCCCUUCGAUUUUUGUUCUUUGGAAAGCGGCCAUACUAAAUAAACGUAUACUGUUUUAUUCAGCACCACCUGUUGAGAUUGGGUGUUAUUAUGUAUAUGGUACUUGCCAACUAGUAAACUUUUCCGACAAUAUCAAACAGAUAUUGCGUGGCAGAGACAGUGCGGAAAAUAAUCAACUACAACCGUUGUUUAACGUCGGUGUACAUGAAAUCGACAUGAUAAAAUUGAUGAAAGGUGGAUUUGUGGCAUGUACAACAGAUCGAAUAUUCCAAAACAAACAAAAUCUAUAUGACUUGCUAAUUAAUUUCUCGUCAAAGGCAGCAGCAUCAUCGUUAUCAAACUCCCCUUUUUUCUCCUCAGUCACCACCACCACAUCAAAAUCUUCUUCAUUUGUUCCUUCGCCUGAUCCUUCGUUGUUAAUGCAAAAAUUGGUCAAUUUAAAUUCGGCCGAUUUUCAACGUUACCGUGAUCUGUCAAAGUUGCUUGAGUUACAUGACGACAACAAUAACGAAGAAAGAUGGAGGCCGUAUAGUCUGAUAGAGCAAUGGCAGUUAACAUUAAAUAGAUGGUGUGGAUAUUUCAACACGUUGACAUCAAAUCUUCUCAGUGAACUAAACUCUAUGAUCACCACAAUGAGCGUUUUCGAAUCCGACAAUGAUCAUCUCAUUUCCAUAUAUCCUGAGCACAUGAACACAUUGGGAUUAGACGCACGAACAGAUAAUCUGUUCAUUAAAGAACUUUGCAGAAUUUAUUUUGGAAAAGAAGUUCAGGUGGUUGGUGGAAGUGAGGGCAUGAUCGAAACUAAUUUACUCACUCUUUUAUAUAAUACUUUGUGGACGAUUGUGGAGAUGAUACUUCGUUGCUUUCGAAUAUAA